AAACGCCCCCCUCUGCGCGCGGCCGAGACGAGGAGGCCCGUGGCAGUCACGCCUCGCGCGCCACGAAGCUCGCCUCCAGCUCGUCGCCGUCGCGCAGCAGGCUCGCGUCCUCGUCGUCGGCCACCUCGAGCGCGUCCGAGGCCCUCACCAGGGCCACCAGGCGCCGCGGCCCCAUCUCCCUGCCCCCCGCCGUCGGGGCCGCGGGCGCGGCCGAACUUGCGGCACACGGCGCCCUCCACGUCCGCGAAGGCCGGGCGGGCGCCCGCCCACGCCACGGCCACCUGCCU